GCUCUCUCUGUCGGCGGAUUGUUGUUGUCAUCAAGAUGGAGUUCUUGCUGGGAAAUCCGUACAGCACUCCCGUUGGCCAGUGCAUUGAAAAAGCCACGGAUGGCUCCCUGCAGAAUGAAGACUGGACACUCAACUUGGAGAUCUGUGACAUCAUUAAUGAGACCGAGGAAGGGCCUAAAGAUGCCAUGCGUGCGGUGAAAAAGAGACUCAACGGCAACAGGAACUUCCGUGAAGUGAUGCUGGCUCUAACCGUGCUGGAGACUUGCGUGAAAAACUGUGGCCACCGUUUUCACGUCCACGUCGCCAAUAGAGAUUUCAUCGAAGGUGUCUUGGUGAAGAUCAUCACUCCGAAGACCAACCCUCCUGCUAUAGUACAGGAGAAAGUGCUGUCACUGAUUCAGGCUUGGGCAGAUGCAUUCAGGAGCAGCCCAGACCUCACCGGAGUCGUGCACAUUUACGAGGAGCUGAAGAGGAAAGGAGUUGAGUUCCCCAUGGCAGACCUGGAUGCUUUGUCACCCAUCCACACACCACAGCGGGGAGUCCCAGAGGUAGAUCCAGGCACACACAAGUACAGCGCGCCUGCUCAGCCCAAUACAGCAUCCCAAAUGGGUCCUAGACCUGCAGCUGCUGCAACAGCUGACUUAUACCCCGCCCAGAUCCCACCUGUAUCGGGACCCAUCACAGCAAACCCAGAGCAGAUCGCAAGGCUGAGAAGUGAGCUGGACAUUGUGCGUGGGAAUGUUAAAGUGAUGUCGGAGAUGCUGACCGAGAUGGUGCCGGGCCAAGAAGACACCUCCGAUCUUGAGCUACUCCAGGAGCUGAACAGGACGUGUCGAGCCAUGCAGCAUAGGGUAGUGGAGCUCAUCUCUCGCGUGUCUAACGAAGAGGUCACCGAAGAGCUGCUACAUGUCAACGAUGAUUUAAACAACAUCUUCCUGCGCUACGAGAGGUAUGAGAGAUACAGAGUAGGCAGAGCAGCACAAAACAACGGGGUCCUGAAUGAGGCUUCAGAAGGGGAUAAUCUCAUAGAUUUGGACCCUGCUUCUCCAGCUGUGGUCACUCCUCGGGUCAGCACAACACCCACUCGUACACCCACAUCCACCCUGCAGCCUCCUUCUGCUCCUCCUUCUGCUCCUCCAGCUGCUGCUGCAUCUCUCUCCACACAGCUGGCAGGACUUGAAGUGGGUGCAGACAGCGUCAGCAGCACUCUCAGCUCUCUGAGCGCUCACAACCCUCAGGACGACUUUGACAUGUUCGCCCACACCAGGUCCAGCUCUCUAGCUGACCAGCGCAAAAACGUUAAAUACGAGGAACCUCAGGCUCUGGUGAGCCUGGCGUCUGCUUUGGAUAUCAGACAGCAAAAUGCCACUGGGCCGAAUGUAAAAGGUCCUAACGCUGAGUUGGAGCCCAUAGACAGCUGGCUCAUUACCCAAGGAAUGAUCCCCGUAUCGCAGUCCUCUGUCAUGGAUGACAUUGAGGAGUGGCUCUGUGCUGAUGUGAAGGGUGAAGAGGCCGAGGAAGGAGUCACGAGUGAAGACUUCGACAAGUUCUUAGAGGAGCGGGCCAAAGUCGCAGACCAGGGUCCACCGCUGGCCGCUGCCGCCGCCACCGGAGAACCCAGACCUCUAGUGAGCGCGUCUAGCAGCAACCGCAGGAGGACACAGCAGACGGAGGACAAUCUCUUUGCCUUGUAGAACUGUGACGGGACAGAUGCUCUCCCUGGUGACCACAACCACAUUCCCUCCAGCACUCCACCUGUUCCUUUACAAACCCACUGAUGUUAUACGGCAGCAAGACCCCUGACUAAAACCACCCCAAUCCCCCCCACCCCGCCUGAUAGAGCACUGUGAGAAUCCAGCUUCAUAGCCGCAGACUUUGAGCUGAACGACGCCGGCAAGCGAUGGCUUAAGCAAACAUGUAGCCAAAAUGAUUCUCUUUAGAGAGCUCGCUUCUUUCAUUCAUGUCAAAUAAUAGUCGAAUAGAGCUGAUUGGUUUGGUCUUUAUCAUCCAUUAAUGAACUAACGCUCUUAAAGUUUGUCAUUCCAUGAGGUGAGAUAUUCAUGUGGGUCAGUUCUUCUCAGUCAGCUGUGGAUUGUGAUUCAAACUGUUUCUGUGGUAAAUAGAGCAAGAAAAUAUUAGAUCUAAAUCAGGCGUAUGAGCGCAUAGACAGUGGGUCGUCAUGUUUAUGAGGCUCUGGUGAAGAAAAGUGGCUAUAUUCUUGUAAUCAUCACGUGCGGAUUACCAAAGACAGAAGAAGAAACGUGUUUUCCAUCGAUAAAGGUUUUUGU